AAAUGAGCGGGAUUCGGCCGCGGAGACGUCACAAAGUAUUCACGCCGCAAAUCGCCGGUGGUACACGGUCACGGCCGCAUCAUUGUCGUCGUCUGUCGUCAUCAGCCACAAGCAAGUGCAGCCCAACCGUCGGCAGGAGACCCGAUGAGAGCCGCAACGAUCCUGGCCGCCCUGGCCUGCCUACUCGAGGUCUCGCAUACAUUCCCGUUCAAUUUAAACAAGAGGAAUGUAGCUUCUCUGGCCCGAACCGGACAGUUACCAGAAUACAAACGAUCGCUGGCUUCGUUGGCCAAGAGUGGACAGUUACCUGAAAAAUUGGUUCAAGAGAAACGAAUGUUGGACGUAUUGGAACAAGCAAGCGAUGCAAACUCAAAGGCUAUUCACGACCAAAAGAACCGGGUAAUGGAGGAGAUGAAAAAUUUGGCUCUAACUGGGAUGUCAAAAAGACAAGCAGCAACCGAGCCUGAUUUCCGCGACGAGUUUAAAUCAGACUUGCGAAGCAUAUUGGACCAAUUUUUGGAAAAGUUUGGAACGCCAUAUGAUCCAGAAAAGGUAGAGCUGUUCUUGACCAACAUGGCGGACGAAGUAUUUGAAAACCAUGGUGUAGUUUCAUUAGACCACAUCCGAUUCUUGAUCGAGACUGGUUACUUCCAACCGGAAAUGCGUGAAGAAGACGAUGUAAAACCAGCCGAUGGAGAUUCGUCGCCAGACGACUAUAUCGCUAAACGUUUCAUGGCUUCGCUAGCUCGGACUGAUAACAUGCCAUUUUGGUACAACAGCCCGAGGUACGUCGCCAAGCGGUACAUUUCUUCAUUGCUGAGACAGGGGAGACUGCCUUACGGAUUCCAACCCACCACGGAGUCGUCUGCGAAAAACCAAGACUGGAACUUACAAGAUGGCCAAAAACCCAAGAGGGGUGACCCGACGUUUCAAAAUAACGAAGAGUUUAUACCUGUGAUGCAAGGUAGCAAAAGCUUGCAGAGCAUUAUCGAUGACUUGACACAAGAACCGAUGCAGAAAAGAUACUUAGGUGCGUUGUCGCGCAGCGGUUGGAUGCCCAGAGGAUUCGCUUCGACGUCUUCCCGGUCACCCGCCUCGUAUCAUUCGUUCGGCAGCACCGGCCAGGGGAGCUACGGCAAGAGGCACUUGGCCGCGCUCGCUCGACUCGGCUGGCUGCCGUCGUUUAGGAACCCUCAUUCGUUUUACAUGCGUAACGGCAGAGGGUCGUCGUUCCAGUGCGACAUAAACAAGAGGACCUCCGCCGCAGUCUCCGACGGGGACAUCGAGAAUACUGAGCGGCCACUUGAAGAACUCGGGUGGGACCACCAGCAGCCGUCGGCAGCAACAGAACAGGCGCAAACAGACGACGGGAUGAAGACCAAGAGGUACCUGCUACUGCCGGCCGUGGACAACAUAUUGUUGCGCAGACAGUACCCUCAUUUAGCGACAAAUAAAAUUUAAUUUAACACUAAGUUACACGCUUCGCCGACGUAUAUAAUACUAUACGAACGUAAUGUUUUAAUAAUAAUACAUAAUAUAUAUUAAUAUAACGUCAUAAUAUUUACCUUGUUGUAUCAAACAUAAUACUUAUAUUCAUCACUCGUCCGGUAUGGCGGCUGCACACUGUUGGUAAGACACUAUAAAUUGUGCACGAUACACCGAACGAGUAAG